AUGUCGGCUCGCUUCAUCCUCCUCCUCUCUCUCACUGCCCUCCUUCUCUUCUCUCAACUCUCUCCCUCUCUCUCCAAACCCCAAAACGACGACGACGAUGAGGAUCUCAGUUUCCUCGAAGAAGAAACCGACGCCGUUCCUCAGCACCACGAUCACUACCCCGAUCCGGACCAAUUCGACGAAGAAUACGACAACGACGAUGAUCUCGAAAAUUACCCUGAUCUCGACGAUUCCGAAUUGGAUUCCUACAAGGACCCCGAGAUUGACGACAAGGACGUCGUCGUUUUGAAGGAUGGGAAUUUCAGUGAUUUUGUGAGUAAGAAUAAGUUUGUGAUGGUGGAAUUCUACGCGCCGUGGUGCGGUCACUGCCAAUCGUUGGCUCCUGAGUAUGCAGCCGCUGCUACGGAGUUGAAAGGGGAGGGAGUGGUGUUGGCUAAAGUGGAUGCAACUGAAGAGAAUGAGUUGGCUCAGGAGUAUGAGAUUCAAGGCUUCCCUACUAUUUAUUUCUUUGUUGAUGGGGUACACAAGCCUUAUCCUGGCCCAAGGACCAAAGAUGGUAUCUUGACAUGGAUCAGGAAGAAAAUAGGACCUGGUAUUUACAAUAUAACAACAGUGGAUGAUGCUGAACGUCUGUUGACUUCUGAAACUAAACUUGUUUUGGGCUUCCUCAACUCUUUGGUGGGUCCUGAAAGUGAGGAACUUGCUGCUGCUUCAAGACUCGAAGACGAUGUCAACUUCUAUCAAACUGUAAAUCCUGAUGUGGCAAAGCUUUUCCACCUUGACCCAGAAGUUAAACGCCCAGCUUUAGUCAUGCUUAAGAAAGAGGCUGAGAAACUGAGUGUUUUUGAUGGUAAAUUUUCUAAGGCAGAGAUAGCUGACUUCGUAUUUGCCAACAAACUGCCUUUGGUGACCUUUUUUACUAGGGAAAAUGCCCCUAUGAUUUUUGAGAGUUCAAUUAAGAAGCAGCUGUUGCUGUUUGCAAUUUCAAAUGAUUCAGAGAAAGUUAUCCCAAUUUUUCAAGAUGCAGCUAAAUUAUUCAAGGGAAAGCUUAUCUUCGUAUACGUGGAAAUGGACAAUGAAGAUGUUGGGAAGCCUGUUUCAGACUAUUUUGGUAUCACUGGAACUGCUCCCAAGGUUCUUGGAUACACAGGAAACGAUGAUGCUAAAAAAUUUGUACUUGAUGGGGAAGUUACCUUGGACAAACUUAAGGCUUUUGGGGAGGAUUUCCUUGAAGACAAGCUCAAACCUUUCUUCAAGUCGGAUCCAGUUCCUGAAACAAAUGAUGGGGACGUAAAGAUAGUGGUUGGGAAUAACUUUGAAGAAAUUGUUUUGGACGAGUCAAAGGACGUUCUUCUUGAGAUCUAUGCACCAUGGUGUGGUCAUUGCCAAGCUUUGGAGCCAACAUACAACAAACUUGCCAGACAUUUGAAGGGCAUUGAGUCUAUUGUUGUAGCCAAGAUGGAUGGAACAACAAAUGAGCAUCCCAGGGCAAAGUCUGAUGGGUUUCCCACGAUCCUCUUCUUUCCUGCUGGGAACAAGAGCUUUGAUCCAAUUACUGUGGACACAGAUCGUACUGUGGUUGCAUUUUAUAAGUUCCUGAAGAAGCACGCAUCGGUUCCAUUCAAGCUCCAAAAACCAGCUUCAACAUCAAAAACAGAAAGUUCUGAAGCCAAAGACAGCCAUGAGAGCAGCACUAAGGAUGUGAAAGAUGAAUUAUCUGGGGCAAGUGAUCGGGGCAGAGGGGUGGGGGUGGGUUCUGCACUUUCUACUUCUAGUCAUUCCUCCGGCAUUGGUUCUGGUGGUGGUAGCUCUUCCGGUAACACUACACGAGUGGAAGUUGUAUUUAACGCUUACGCAAAGAUUAUACGUAGCCGAGAUCCCGGUUAG